AGCUACAGCUUAUACUUAAUAUCACUAAGCAAAAAUCUACGCAAGCUUCCGCUUUAAAUUUGCUAAUCGGGACCGAUGGAACCACCCCUGUGAUUCAAGCAUUGGUGAAGGAUGUGGCAGCAGAAGGGUCUCGGCCAAACUAUCAAGCUUGGCGGGAGAUUGUCAGAAGCAGAGCUAGUGAGCUUCUUAAGAAGAAUCAAACCCAGCAGGAUUCAUAUGUGAAUCGGAACCGGACACCAGCCCGUGUUUUUAAUGUGAAUGACUUGGUGUUCGUCAUCAAAUUCUCCCAGUCCACAGGGAAGCUGGAUCCUGGCAUGAGAGGGCCCUACAAGGUUCUCAAGGCCUUACCGAGUGGACGCUAUGAAUUGAAGCUCCUUUCCGGUGCUUACGGGAAGACAUCUCAAGCCGCGGCCGAGUAUAUGGUGCCGUGGAAGGGAGAGUGGUGUCUCGAGAGCUGUGCUGCCUUCUUUGAGGAUGACGGCUGCAACGAGUCUCAGGGAGGUGCAUCAUCAAGAGAUGCAGUUGCAUCUACCGACAGAGCGACUGCAGAGCAUGGACCAUCAACGAGCGGUGCUUCAGUGGAAGCGUCCAGUGGAGUCCCUGCUGGUCCCAUGCUGCCCACGGAAGCGAGUCAGGAAGCGGCCAUCGAGGACGAGGCCGUGUCAGGAGAGGCCGUGUAAGGAAAACCGGCAUACGGUGUGACGUAUCCAUACCACCACCGCCACCCGAGCCUAUAUAAGCAGGCCGCAGAGAGGCGCCG